AACCUGUGACUGAGAGAACUCACAAUACAGUCAUAACAAUGGCACACAAAAUCAUUUUCAAACCAACCUUCAUCCUCAAUCUCAAACAACAAUUCACAACAACAACAACAUCACAAACCCACAACAUUUCCCACUGCCACUUUCUCCAUCAUCCAUUUUUCAACAUCAAAAUUCGCCCAAUCUCACUCCACUCCACAACACCAAUAACCACCACCGCCGCCGCCACCGCAAAUCACGGCGGUUAUCUAGACCUAACCGACGAUGACCUAAUGCGACAGUGCGAAAUGGGUACAUUCAAAACCUCUGGUCCUGGUGGUCAGCAUCGUAACAAACGUGAAUCUGCUGUUCGCCUUAAACACUUACCCACUGGUAUCAUCGCUCAGGCUGGUGAGGAUCGAUCUCAGCAUAUGAACCGUGCUUCUGCUAUUAAACGCCUUCGCUCUCUUAUAGCUCUAAAAGUCAGGAAAACGGUAGAUCUUGAUGCUUAUUCGCCACCUCGAGAGCUUCUUCAGAUCCUUCCUCCGAAGUCAUCAAUUAGAGGGUCAGAUAUUGGUUCACAAAUUGGACCCAAUAACCCAAAAUUUGCAAUGGGAAUGCAAGCUCUUUUGGAUCUUAUUUUUGCAGUUGAUGGAUCGGUCUCGGAUGCUGCAAAAUAUCUCGGGUUAUCUACUGGAGCACUGUCUCGGUUAAUCUUAUCUGAUGAUUCACUUAGAAAGGAAGUAAAUGAUCUGCGAGCAUCAAAGAGUCAGCACCAGAUUGAUCGUCGCCAGUGGGAUGAAAGGUUACCACUAAUAAAAAUCUCGGUAUUCGUACACCAAGACCAUAUCAAAAACCAGUGUGCUGAGGCAGCGCCUUAGAGGACGAUGCACACAUGAGAUCACUGUCGACAAUGAUCUCUUUGGGGUAGGUCGGUUUCGAGGAGGUGGUUGUAGUGGUCUGGCUGGUUGAUUAAAAAGUUAAAAAGUCGCUGGAGUUGACAAAAUUGAAAAAACUGAAAGGUGGUGUUGUCUGCGAGAAAAGCCGCCUCUGAUUUGAGGUGGUUUUGCUGGUUGAUUGUCGCUAGAGUUGACAACGACAGACGAUUGUAUGUGGUCAAAAUUGAAAAAAAUGAAAGGUGGUGUUGUCAGUGGCAAAAGCCGCCUCUGACAGCGGUGGUGAAGCACGAAGACCGGUCACAAAAUUAGAACCUGCGCUGAUACCGUCUUAAAAAUUGUGUUUAGACUUAACACAAUUCCACAAAACUCUCAACCGAUGUGGAAUUCUUUAACGCAUCCCUUCACGCCCAACACUGAUGGGCUUGAUGUGUAAAUAUAAAUGAUGGGUGGUCUGAUAGCAGGUGGCGAAACGGAUGUUGGAGUAUGCUUUGAUACCAUCUUAUAAUGUAUUUCUGUGUGAAUAAUUGUGUCUAUUGUGAGCACAUUGAUAGUAUAUUUAUUUUCAUGAGUUGAUGAAUAAUGUUAGUUAUAAUAUUAAUCAA